GGGUCAGCUCCAUUCACCAUUUUGGAAAGAGCCGGGGCUUCCCAGAGAGAGAGAGAGAGAGAGAGAGAGAGUGAGUGUGUAAGGGAGAGAUGGAGAGGAGAGUCAGGGAGGCGGAGCAAGAGGAGGGGGCCAGCUGAGUGUACCAGGAGUGUCCCUGAGUCCCACUGUCAGCACAACAACAACACACAGAGAGAGAGACUUGCCCCCUUUCCCCCCCACCCCCCACACAGCCACACCGAGGGACGAAGACCACCUUACGAUGAGGGAUGAAGCCCACCAGGAAACCGCCCACCACCAGCACCGCCGGCAGCGCCCCUCCCUCUGGCAGCACCGCCACACCCACCGGCGGCCGGUAUCGGGGCGUGAAGCGCAGGAACGGAGAGCAGGCGGGGGAGUCGGUGGGCCCCGCGGCUCGGAGAGCGGGGCAGGGCCGGAGCAGGGGCGCCGACGCCCAGGCUGCUGAAGGAGGAGGGGCGGGUGGCCCUGCCCAGGCAGAGGGCCGAGCGGCCGGAGAGCCCGCCCGCGCUGAGGGGUCAACCUCCAGCCGCAAGACUGCCACCUUCAAGUCGAGGGCGCCCCGCAAGAAGCCGGCGGAGGAGCCGCUGGGCGCCGAGGGGCGGGAGGACUCCAGCAGCAACAGCAGCGAGGGCUCAACCGGACCCGGCGCAGCGCCCCCGGCACACACCACCCCUGCCCCCAGCGCCCCCUGCGGUCUGGAGGAGGAGCAGCAGGAGCGGGGACCCCAGCCCCUAGGGCAGGAUGCCGGGGUCAGCUCCUCUGGCACAGAGACGGCGAGUGAGCACUCUGCCGACGGUGAGGAGGACGAGGAGGAGAUGGCGGAGGGCGGUCUGUCCCAGCGCCCCGGCUCCCACAGGCACUGCCGGCAGCACAGCCGCGAGCCGGAGCCCCCGCCACCCACCGCCAGCACUGACCGGCCCCCUUCCCCCUCCACCCCCACCUCCCCCACCCCGCCCUACCGCGGGGGGCCCUGGGCCAGCCCCGAAGCCGCCGGCGCCCCUCCCCCGGCCUCCGCCCUGGCCCCCGGUGCCCGCGUCUGCGCCCGCUGCCCGGGCCCCCGCCCCGCCCCCUUCCGGCACGGCACGGUGACGGAGAUCGGGCGCGGCGGGCCCGCCCCUUACCGGGUCCUCUUCGACGACCGGGAGGGGGCCUGGGUCUCCCUGGAGGACCUGCGGCUCCCCGGCCGAGCCUGGCCGGACGCCGGCGGCGCCCCCUCCUCGCCCACCCCCGCCCCGCCCCGGCAACCCGAGGACGCCGAGGUGCUGACCCUGAGCCUGGGCAUGGGGCCGGGUGCCGGGCACCACCACCAUCACCACGGCCAGCAGCUGGCGGCGGCGCCCGGUGGCGGCCGGGAUGGCGGCAGCACCAGCGGGGGGAGCAGCAGCGCCUCCCUGGAGAGCCGGCUGACCCCGGGCUCCCGUUCCCGCACCCCCCUGGCACCCGCGGGCGCUGCCACGGCGGCGCAGCAGCAGAAGUACAAGAAGGGGGACGUGGUGUGCACCCCUAACGGGAUCCGCAAGAAAUUCAACGGCAAGCAGUGGCGGCGCCUCUGCUCCCGCGACGGCUGCAUGAAGGAGUCCCAGCGCCGCGGCUACUGCUCCCGGCACCUCUCCAUGCGCACCAAGGAGCUGGAGGGGGGCGCCGGCGCUGCGGGAGGGGGCCCGUCGGGCUCGGACGGCCGGGCCAGCGGGCUGCGGGAGGGCAGCUCCGAGUUCGACUGGGACGAGACGUCCCGGGACAGCGAGGCCAGCAGCGCCCGCACCGACCCCCACCCCAGGCUGCCGGCCUCGGGCACCGCUGCUCCGGCCUCCGACCUCUCCAGCUUCAACUCGGACGAGUGCGACGCCGCCAACAUGCUGGUGUCGCUGGGCAGCUCCCGGUCGGGCACCCCGGGCUACUCUCCCGUCUCCAACCAGUCCCCCUUCUCCCCGGCGCCCUCGCCCUCGCCCUCCCCCCUCUUCGGCUUCCGGCCGGCCACCUUCAGCCCCAUCACCGCCUCGCCCGUCCUCCAGCGGGCGGGCGGCGCCGGCUGCCCGGGCUCUGCCGCUCUGCCUCCCUCCUCCUCCUCCUCCUCCUCCUCUGCCUCCUCCACCAGCUCCGCCUCCUCUCGCCACCGGCAUGCCAGCACCCCCAAGCUGGGUGCCCUGACCCCGGAGCUGGGUCACGGCAGCGGGCUCCACCACCACCACCACCACCCGCUGCCGCACCCGCACCACCCGCCGCUGAGGGAGCGCCACUCCUCGGGCAUCCAGCCCAGCUUCCAGACCAGCCUGACCUUCACCGUGCCCAUGAGUCCCGGCAAGGGCAAGGCCAAGGGUGACUGGGCGCACGGUGGGGUCGGGCAGCCACCCCUGCACUCCACGGCCGGCGCCGACUACCACAAGGGCGAGGGGGGGGAGACGGCACCCCCUGCCACGCCGCCGCCGGCUGGGCACUUCCCCCGCUCGCGCCCGGCCUCCCCGCCCCCGCCACCGCCGCUGCUCCUGCUGAGCCCGCCCACCGCCAUGACCCCCGACCCCUCGCUCCGCCGGGUGCCCGCUGCCCAGCGCGACUCGCCGGUCAUCGUCCGCAACCCCGACGUGCCGCUGCUGCCCGCCCGCUUCACCGAGCGGCCCCCCGGGGCGGGGGCUGGGGGCGGCGCCCCCCUCCCCCGCGGGGCCCCGGCCAAGGGCGCCGCCCGGGAGCCGUGCCGGCACCCGGCCGGCGGCAAGUCGCCGCUCCAGGCCCCCGUGCCCAUCAACGCCCACCGGAUGGCCCGGGCCACCUCGCCCGGCCGAGCCGCAGGAGGGCUGGGCCCGGCCGCCGCUGCGCCCCUCACCCCCGCCCGCCAGGAGCCGCCAAUCCAGCCUGUGGCCUGCCAUCCUUCGCCAGCCGCCCUCCUGCCCGUCAUCGUGCCGUCGCCCCUCGGAGACUUCCAGCACCCGGCCCCGAAGAAGGAGGUCAUCAUGGCGCGGCCUGGAACAGUCUGGACCAAUGUGGAGCCGCGCUCCGUUCCUGUCUUUCCCUGGCACUCCCUGGUUCCUUUCCUCACUCCCAGCCAGCCGGACUCUUCCAUCCAACCAACUGAGGCUGAGCAACCCACAUGUCCAGCAGGAGCGUCCAAUCAGGUCAAAGAGCCUCUGCAGUCUGCACAGGGAGUGCACAGCCCGGUGGAAGUCUGCCCGGACCCUGACGCUCACGAAGAGCCCGACAGCCCCCCUCAGAGCGCCAGCGAGACUGGCAAGAUGGCCCCCGACGAUGAGCUGCAGGGCCUCCCGGACCAGAGACUGGACAGUGAGACGGAGAGCGAGCCCGACGAAGCCUUCCUGCUAACCACUGGAGUGGAGACGGUCUGUGUCCCACCUGAAAAGCGAAGGACCAAGUCUCUCAGCGCACUGCCCAAGGAGCGGGACUCCUCCUCUGAGAAAGAUGGCCGGAGUCCACACAAGCGUGAAAAGGACCACAUCCGACGGCCCAUGAACGCCUUCAUGAUCUUUAGUAAGCGUCACCGGGCCCUGGUGCACCAGCGACACCCCAACCAGGAUAACCGCACCGUCAGCAAGAUCCUGGGAGAGUGGUGGUAUGCCCUGGGGCAGAAGGAGAAGCAGAAAUACCACGACCUGGCUUUCCAGGUGAAGGAGGCUCACUUUAAGGCCCACCCUGACUGGAAGUGGUGUAAUAAGGACCGGAAGAAGUCCAGCUGUGAUGUGAAAGCAGCGAUGGCAGGAGCCGGCUCUGUCAGGUGUAAGGAGCAACGGGAACGCAGCAUGUCUGAGACUGGGACCCUCUCCGCAACCACAGUUGCUCCUAUGUGCUCGAAGCCACUCCCUUACCCCGGGGCCCGGACGCAGCAUGUCACCACGGCAACGCUGAGCUUCACUAGCCAAGUGGCCAGUGAGUCGGUGAGCAGCAGCAGCAGCCUGCAGCCGGGUCAGGGCCAGGGUCAGGGUCAGGGUCAGGGCCAGGGCCAGGGCCGGCCGUUCCGCUCCCACCGCACCACCAGCGAGGACAUGACCAGCGAUGAGGAGAGGAUGGUCAUCUGUGAGGAGGAGGAGGAAGGCGACGACGAUGUGAUGGAUGACCCCUACAGUGCGGCUGACAUCGACCUGAAGUGUAAGGAGCGGGUCACCGAUAGUGACAGUGACAGGAUGUCUGCCGACGAGAGCGAGACUAAGGUGUUCGCCCCGGUCAUCCAGCUGUCGCAGGCUGGAGGUUACGGCGCCUGUCGCCCCCACCUGGAGGUCACCCCGAGGGAGCGAGCGCGGGCGGAGGCUGAGGGCCCGGCCUACGGGGGGUUCCGCAGCCUGGGGCCGGAGUUGCCGGACACCAAGCCCAGAGCGGAGCAGGCCAGGCGGGGCGACGUGCGGUUCGCCCUGGCCGAGGCCGCGCCGGCCUACGACAGGAAGCGGAGGAAAGCCGAGGAGGCCAGGCCUUACCCGGGCCAUUCGGUCAUCGCGCCGCUCGGGAGGCAGGGCCCGGGAGCUGGGGGGAGCCCGGGCACCCACCUGGUCAGCCCCAGCUCGGCCCCUGAGCCUUGCCCCUCCCCCCGCGCCGCGCCCACCUCUGUCACCAACGUGCUGAGGCCUAUCAGCAGCGGUGGGGGGACUCUCCCUUCCUCCUCCUCAGGCCUGGGUUUGCUCUACACCCCGGGGCAGGGAGAUAGGAAGGUCCCAGCGGCCCCUCAGCCGGUCAGCUACAGUCAAGGGGAGGCGUUGGUCACCGGCCUGGUGGUCAGCUCGCCCAGCGUCCAGUCGCCAGUCUGCGUGCCUGCCCAGCCCACCACCACCACCUCCUCAUCCUCCGGCCUAGUGCUCCCCCAGCAGCCCUCCCUGCAGUUCAUCACCCAGACCCCCGCCACGGCAGCUCCCCAGAAUGGCGCGCUGCCCCUCGGUAUCAUCCAACCCCAACCCCAGGCCCAGGCCCAGCAGCAGCAGCUGAAGCCUACCACCAUCGCCCAGCUCCAGUACAUCCUGCCUGGCCUGCCACCCCAGCUCCAGCUCUCGCCCGCCGGCAAGGUGGCACCUCCCCAGUGCGGAGCGGGACCCGCCAGCAUCCACUUCACCCUGCCUCCCUCUGCCAACGGCAAGCUCCUGGCAGCCUCCAGCACCACGUCGCACAGCAUCCCCAUCAUCCAGGCUACGCCCAUCGUCAACCCGGGCGGUGGGCAGAAAGUGCAGUCCAUGUCUCCGGUGCCCGCACAGUCGCCCAUGAACGCCACGCAGAUGAUACACCCUGCGGCAGCCACCUCCGCCCAGGUACAGGGGAAGAUGCUGGUCACCGUGCCAACCCCGCAGGGCAGCAUGGCCGCCGUCGCCACGGCAACCGGGGGCCAAGUUCACAUGGCGACCUCUUCCAUCCCGCUGCCCGUGCAGAACGGGGCCCAGCAGCAGCAGCAGCAGCAGCAAGCCAGCAAGAUUAUCCACAUCACUCCUCUCCCUCUGGUCCAGCAACAGGUCAGUUCCCAGGCUCCAGUGCCACCAGUGGCCAGCCCAGCUCUCCAUACCAGCUUCCCCAGCAUGGCCACUGCAGUCAUGGCGACCUCCAGUCACCCAGGCAAGGUGCUGCUGCCCAGCUCCAACAGGAUCACGUACAUCCCAUCUACUGGCGGGGUGCAUUCCUCUAUCCCCCUGGUCAGCUCAGCCUCCUCUGUCCACACCGGGACCUGCACCACAUACCGACAACAGCCCGUGGCACUCGGAUUCACCGCCAUCUCCCCUGAUGGCAGGACAGUGCUCCAGCCCCUUCUCACAGGUCAGGCACCAUUGCUGACCACUGGGCAGGUCGGCUCCCCUCAGCUACAGCCCACGCCGUCUGGGCACCUCAUCACCGCCAUCUACCCCUCACCCGCCUCUGGCAGCGUUGCCACGACAACCCCGAACCUGGUCUACACAGCCUCCCCGUCCGCGACUACCACCGCGCUGCCAGCUGCCAUCUUACCCAAGACACCAAGUGCCAACCUGCAGCAACCUUCAGUGGCAACCUCCGCCGUCAUGGCAACGGCAGGGGCUCAGCACGGAGCGGGGAUCGUCACCCCAGCAUCGUCACAGGGGCCACCUCCGAGCGGGCCAGGCAUGCCCGUCCAGGGGAGCUUGCCGUUGGGUUUGAGGACUGUCCGAACCCCACAGAAACAGCCGGGGGUGGCGACGGCGUCAACAGCAGGAGGAGGAGGAGGGACAGGGGCCAAAGGUAAGGCCCCCUCCAGCCACCAUGAGCCAGCAGGUAGCGGCCGGGGAGGGUGCAAACUGCCUGAGGGUACUCCCGAGAGCGCCCAGCAGCCCGGCCUGGAGGGAGGGGAGGCGGCGUCUGUGCGCGAGCCCCCGGAGGAGAGGGUCCCCAGGCUCCCUCCCGCGGAGAGCGAGGGGGAAGAGGAGCAGGAGGAGGAGCAGCAGGGGGAGGAGGUGUCGACCUCAGGCCAGCCCUGCCCGCAGCGGGAGCCCGGACCCCUGCCCGUGACGGCGACAGGGACCCCCGGUGAGGAGAGGGCGCCCCGCCCAGCCAGCCCCCCGGACGGAGAGGAGAGGGCAGCCCGCAGCCUGGCCAGUCCCGUCGGCUACACCAGCAAGUCCACUAACACUGAGAUCACCUUCAAAAAGGAGCCGACGCCCGGGAAGUUGACCAGCAGCACAGAGUGGCGGGGCCCUCCUGCAGACUCUCGCCCUGAGGCUCCAUCAACCUCUCAGGCCCCAGGAGCGUCGGGCGAGUUGGCCAAGGCUUCCGGGAGCUCCUCAGAGAACGGCGACACGAAGGAGCAGCCCAAGAAGCUCAAAGUCAGACCGCCUCCACUGAAAAAAACCUUCGACUCUGUCGACAAGGUCCUAUCCGAGGUGGAUUUUGAGGAGCGAUUUGCCGAGUUGCCGGAAUUCCGUCCUGAGGAAGUUCUGCCCUCCCCCACCUUACAGGCCCUGACCACAUCUCCCCGCGCCAUCCUCAGCAGCUACAGGAAGAAGAGGAAAAAUUCAACAGACCUGGAUUCCUCGACGGAAGACCCGAUCUCCCCGAAGAGGAAACUCCGGCGGCGUUCCAGUUGUAGCUCCGAACCCAACACACCCAAGAGUGCCAACCGCGAGGGUGACAUCUUCACCUUCGAUAAACCGGCUGCCCAGGGCUCGGAUGCUGACGACGUAUUGGCCGAUCUGGAGUUUGACAAAGUGCCGUACUCAUCCCUGAGGAGGACCCUGGACCAGAGACGGGCACUCGUCAUGCAGCUGUUCCACGAACAUGGGUUCUUCCCAUCAGCCCAUGCCACAGCCGGGUUCCAGGCGCGGUAUUCCGAUAUUUUCCCCACCAAGGUGUGCCUGCAGUUGAAGAUCCGGGAGGUGCGGCAGAAGAUCAUGCAGACGGCGGCUCCCAACGAGCAGCAGCAGCAGCAGCCGCUGGCCCAGAGCCCACUGUUCAGCCCCACCUCCCCACCCGGCCAGGCUUUCCCCGAGACCAGGCCCGACGACCAGGGGGAGCUGCUGGAGGAAGCCGACAGGCCGGGCACCACCCCAGGGGAGAGUGCCCAACCUGACCCUGGCGCCAGGUGAUGGUGGCCGCAGGGUGAGGAAGGGGCCACGUCGCCAGUGCGGGCGCUCUGACCGGACCUCGCCAACAGAGGGGGGGGAGGGGGAGAGAGAGAGGAAUGCAGCCUGCCCCCCUCCCAAAACCUCCUCCCCCCCCCCCCCACCACCCCAAGCCCCCAAUACUCUGUGGGGGGCGGUGGGGGGAGUGUGACGCGUCAGACUGGCAGGGAGCUGCCCCUUCACUGCCCCCUGCUGGUGGGGGUGGGAGAGGGGCGUAUCGGGGGGGAGGGGAUCAGGGUGACCCAGAACCCUGCCACCCCCCACCCUUGCUGCCCGUAGCCCCCUCCCCGACCUCCCGACACUGGGAGGGGCAGCGAAGGGAGCUUGGGGGGGGGUGUUGUGACGGCGCGGGGGUCAAUCCGAGGGGAACUGUCCUCGCCCACCCGCCCCCCCCCCCCUCCCCCUCACCGCCAGCUCGCCCCCACCCUCCCGGGUCUGCCAGGGGGGCGUUCCGGCUGCUUUCUGUUUGUCUCUGACUGUGGGUGUUUUUAACGGGAACUCAUUGUAUCGGGAGCUCUGUACAGAUUCCAAACCCAUGUUAGUGAUUCCAGCAGGCUGCGUCUCCCCCCCCCCCCCCCCCCCCACCCAUCCCUCAGUGCCCCAAUAUUCACCCUCCCCCUCCUUAAAACCUUCCUUCCCUCCCUCCAGCACUACCUCCUUCCCUCUAUCGCUGUCUCUCACUCUCUCCCGAUCACUUCCCCAUGCCUCUGUCCUCCGCUUGGGUUUCUGUCACUCGGCGCUCUCUCUUUCACACACUCUCUCUCUCUCUCUGUCUGUCUGUCUCUGUCUAUCUACACCCCCCCCCCCCCCGCCCCCCGCCCAGCAGCGAAACCUCGUGCUUAACGCAUUCUGUACAAAAGAUGUAAAGUUGCUUUGUAUUAUAGAUGGAGGGUGCUCCUGAGGGGCGCCAUCACCCAA